CAGCUGCCGUUACGGAGCUAGUUAGGGAGGUUACAGACAACACAUCAAUAAUCAUUGUAUAGGUUCCGCGAAAUAGUAAUGUUUUCGUGUAGUUAAAGGCUUACAUUUUACAUUUAAUAUAAAUCUUUAAAAAUAAAAACGCCCAUUUUAAAGAUAGAGCGCUCUAGUGGUGUUGUGGAACACUUCAGUUAUCACAAUGGCUUCCUCCAUAAAAGACACAGCUACUUUCUUCGCUGCGGGUUCAGCAAAACAAUUCGAACAUGUAUUAAGUUUAUAUCCACAAGCACUUAGACUGAAGGCUGAAAGGAAGAAUAAGAAACCCGAGGAACUUAUUAAAUUGGACAACUGGUAUCAAAAUGAAUUACCUAAGAAAAUCAAAUCUAGAGGAAAGGAUGCACAUUUGAAUCACGAAGAACUUGUUCAGCUUAUGAAAUGGAAGCAGACACGAGGCAAAUUCUUCCCCCAACUCAGUUAUUUAGUUAAGGUAAAUACUCCUAGAGCAGUCAUGGCAGAAACCAAAAAAGCUUUCCGCAAGCUACCUAAUUUGGAACAGGCGAUAACUGCAUUAAGCAACCUCAAGGGUGUUGGUACUACUAUGGCUUCUGCAUUAUUAGCAGCAGCUGCUCCUGAAAUGGCACCUUUUAUGGCAGAUGAAUGUUUAAUGGCUAUCCCUGAAAUAGAAGGAAUAGAUUAUACAACUAAAGAAUAUUUGAAUUUCGUCUCCCAUAUUAAUGCUACAGCAGAGAGGUUAAACAGUGAAAAUAACAAUGGGUCGUGCUGGUCACCACAUCGAGUAGAACUUGCUCUAUGGACACACUAUGUAGCGAGUGAAUUGCAGCCAGAACUUUUAGACUCAAUACCAAAUGGUACAACACCACCCCAUAGCAACGGAAAUGAGAAAGCAACACCCCAUGAGUCUGAAUCAUCAAACGCCGCCAGUUCCGAUGUACUGGAUGGCUCGGAUGGAGAGAGUUCGUUAGAUGCCAAUGGUAAAGGCGUUGCAACUGAUGAUACCUCCAUGUCCUUACCUGACGAUUCAGCCAAUGAGGACAGCAAAGGUUCAGACGAACCACCUGCCAAAAAACCAAAACCGGAUUCCAAGUGACCUAAUAAUGCAUUUUUUUGAAGAAUGUAUUACAGUUAAUCCCUCUCAACCUCAGAUUAGUCUGUCUACUUUUGUGUUUAUUUACUACCCAUUAGCUGACAGAAACUGGUAAAACCUAUUUAUUAUGUGUUUUCUUAUUAAGGUGGGGGCGAAAACUUUUCAAGGGUUGCAUUAUUUGUUUGUGUUACACUUUUCCAUUUUUUUUUUUUUUUUAAUUUUAUUAUUAAAAACUCAGAUGUAGUUAAUAAAGUAUUUCCUGAAAUCUGUAUAGAAUUAUUAUUAGUGAAACCUGUAAGGUAAAAAUUUGAAACACUGUAAUUUUCUAAAUAUUACUGUUAUAUUUUGUUUUCUUUUGUUACUAUGGAUCAGUAUGUAUUUAUUUAUUUUUAUGUACCCGUAAACUUUGUUCCCACCUUUUUCUGUAGCCUGCCUGAACAGAAAUUGUAAAAUGUACAGUGUACCAUAGUGAAAGAUCACAAUUUUUAUAUUUAUAUAUAAUGUGGAUUAUUCAUUGCCAGAGUACUUAAAACCUGAAACUGUUUUCAGUUGUUGAGUGGGUUAGAUGAUAGGUUGUUUCGCAUAUAGUUAUUUUUUACCGCACAUAUUAGUUUUUUGAAAAAUAUAUGAGCAUCACUUUAUUGCUCGUUAUGAAAUUUAAAAAAAAAUUAGAAUAGUUUUUUUGUGUAUGUAUGAGGGAAUAUGAAAGAUUAUGUGUGUUCAGAAUGAAAAUUUUAGUGAGAUUAUCUGGUUAUAUAUAUUUUAAUUACAAGAAGUCAUUGUACAUUCCAUUUCAUUGCAUUGUAACAAUUACAAGUUUUGCUAUUCAAAAGUCAACUUUAAUAUAAUGAAAUUUUUCACAUGUUGAUGUGGUUAUUCUGAUUCAUAGUUUUAUUUAUUUGUCUGCAUUUAUUGUGUUUUAGCACUUGACUUUUGAAUGUAUUUAAUUUGUCCUGAAACUGUUAGGACAUAAAUAAAUACAGGCUUGUAAAUAUCUGGUGUUGUUAAAAUAUCCCAACCUAUUAUAUUAAAACUCAUUCAGACCAACAGUUAAAGGAAAUGUGUUUUUUUUUUCUUCUUUUUUUUAUAUGUAAAUGUAUAUAAGAGCAAUAUAAAAAAAAAAACUAAAAAAAAAUGGAUUUAAAUGUUAUUCAAAAACGCCAACUGAUUUGUCUUUUUGGCGAUAAAGUUUAAAUUAUAUUUUACUUUACGCAAAAACUUGUAUAUUUAUCGAUGAAUUUAAUUAUAUUUACACUUUGUUACACACCAAUUAAUUGUUUUAACUUAUUCAAUCGUAUUGUCUUUAGUUUUCUUUCUUUUCUUUUUUUUUUUACUUUAUAUUGUUUCCCAUUUGGGAAAAUGUAGUUCUUAAGUAAAAACAGUCUUGGUACUUAUUUUAAUAUAAAUAUAUCUAGAGGAUUUAAAAAAUUCUGGGAUAGGGAAUGAAUUUAAUGUUAAUUAAAAUUCCUAUUCUCAAGAUGUUAUUUCUUUUUUUCUGAAUCAAAUAUUUAUAAUUUUCCUAUUUGACUGAACUGAUAAGUUUGGGGUUCUCCCACCCCCACAAUCUUUCACUUUAUUGUAUAUUAAUUAUUAGUACAUGCCAAUUGCCUUUAUAUAGUUAGCAAACUUUAUUAAGAUAAGAUUGUAUUUACACAAAUUCGUACCUCUGUCAAUAAUACACAGAAUAAAAUAAGUU